CUUAUCCUUGGUUGUAAAAAUAAACACUUAUCCUUGGGCAGGUGCAUAUCGCGGGAAAACAUAACAUUCUUCUUCUUACAGUGAACCUGAGUUCAACAACGGCCGCAACAUUCCACACACCAGCAGAUUUGAACUAUAGCUCUGUAAUUUCCCAAAAACUAGACGAAAAACCCAUCUCUGUCCUGCCCAUUUUUCUCCGUUUGGUUUCCCAGGAAACGCAAAGGAAUAGCAUCAACCCCACUUUCCUGCAGACGGCUGCCGCAGCUAAUGAAUAUUUAGUUGCUAGCAAUACAAAACAAUGAUUACUUGCUACAAUCCUCUGAACGUUAACUCUCCACUUCUGCUGACCAAGUCUUCCCAGCAAUUGAAGAGCACCAAGCAUCCUUACUUGCAUCAGAGUAAUUCGAAUAAGAGAAGCUCUGAUGUAACCACAAGAGGAAUGAAAGUCGCUGCUUAUUAUGGCUUGAAGACACCCCCAUAUGAACUUGAUGCUUUAGAACCAUAUAUGAGUCGGAGGACAUUGGAGGUUCACUGGGGUAAACAUCACUGUAAUUACGUUGAAGGUUUGAACAAACAAUUGAGCCAAAAUGAUAUUCUAUAUGGCCACACUUUAGAUGAACUUCUCAAAGUAACAUAUAACAAUGGGAACCCAUUACCUGAGUUUAACAAUGCUGCCCAGGUCUGGAAUCACGACUUCUUUUGGGAAUCCAUGCAACCUGGAGGUGGAAACAUGCCCACACUUGGUGUUUUACAACAAAUUGACAAAGAUUUUGGUUCUUUCAACAAUUUCAGGGACAAGUUUAUACAAGCAUCUCUUUCACUCUUUGGUUCUGGCUGGGUUUGGCUUGUUUUGAAAAGACAAGAAAAACGACUCGCUGUGAUCACAACUUCGAAUGCGAUAAGCCCACUUGUCUGGGAUGACAUUCCAAUCAUUUGCUUGGAUAUGUGGGAGCAUGCUUACUAUCUGGAUUACAAGAAUGAUAAAAAAGAGUAUAUCAAUGUGUUCAUGGACCAUCUUGUAUCGUGGAAUGCAGCGUUGGGGCGUAUGGCCCGAGCAGAGUGUUUUGUGAAUUUAGGCGAGCCAAAAAUUCCUGUAGCGUAAUAACAUUCGUUGAUACUAGGGUUACUCGCAAAUGAUCCAACGAAGCAACCGGGGAAUCUUUAAGCCUCGUGUAUGUGAUCGAGUUCCCUUACAGGUUUGACAAGUUUUGUUCUCUACAUUAGAUUUCCUUCAUGAUGUUGUAGUGACAUGGAGGAUUGCUUCCUCAAAAUUGUAUAGGUUGAUAACAAUAUGGUUUGUUUUGACAAAACUUGAUUGUAUGGGUUAUAAUUUUAUCCA